AUGGUCUCUAAGGUCCCAGACCCAGACCCAGCUGACUGGGGAGUCGAUGAUGUCGUCAACUUUCUAUGCACGGGCACUGCUGUGUGGUCGCAGGCCACAAACGCGCCCCGACCAGACCCCGCCACUCUCGAAACUGCACUCCGUGAUAACCUUGUGACUGGAAGCGUGCUCCUCAACCAUGUCAACCACGAAACUCUGCGAGUCGACCUGGGCUUAAAGCCGCUGGGGUACCGUAGCAAUCUCCUGACUGCUAUUGACUACCUUCAACAGCGAUCACCCAAAUAUCAAGACUCCAAGGGGAUUACGGAUGAUAUACACCGGCCCGUCGGUGAACAUGCAACACCUACGUUUUCUCACAGCCCCGCUUCUCGUACCCCGGCUUCUGCCCCAGGCCUACAUGAAGCAAAUAGCAAAUCUUCACCUCCAAGCACCUCCCUCGAUCCCCCAAGUCUUCCCACCCACGAUACCACGCUCGCGCUCACCCAUACUCAACAAGAAUCUCGGAGGAUCGUGCCUCAGAAAAUCGCGGAAAUCAACCAGGCAGAUCGGGGCCAAUCAUCAGGCCAUGUUUCCCAGGAGCAAAAACCUCCAUUACUCCAAAAGAAGGAGCUUGAUUUCCGUUUCCUUGAAGAGUACCUGCUUGAGAAGUACCCCCCGGAGAGGGAUGAGGAGAAUGCUCUCCCGGCAUAUGGUGACUCUGGUUCCGAAGGACAGUACGAUGAGGACACUUGGGAGGAGAUCGUGCAUGAGCACCCGGAAUUCGCAAGUAAGCCUACUCGUCUUCCAGACGAAAAAUAUGAUUCUGUUGUGACAGAGUUCAUAUCCCAGCACGAAGAAUGGUGGCGGCAAAGCCAGUUGCCAAAAGAAAAACGGAAAGCGCGCCGUCGCUGGAUCAAAUCUCGGAACCACGACUCCGUGGACUUGGAGAGAAAAUCCGAAAAUCGUCAACUGACUCUUCUCGAGGGACGCUUGCAAAACCUUCGGAAGACGAUAGGCGAAGUCGAUCAUCACUCGGUGGACGGGUUGAAAAAAGCAUGCGGGAGUUUGGAGAAUACCAUCUCGGAUAUAUGCAGACACAAGUACACUCUGUCAGUCCUGGAUCAAAAGGAAUGCCCGCCCGACGUGCCCCGAGCUCUACGGGCUCAAGGAACGAAGAAAUUCAAGUCACAGUCUGAAGAAGAGGAAACAUUGAGCUCAGAAUCCCCAGACUCCUCGUCAGAGCAGCCUAUCAGCGACUUUAUCGUUGAAGACUCUGAUGAUGCUGAAUUCUACGUGGGUGGGAGUGACGGGCCUUUGAUUCCAUCAGGGAGGCGCUUGUCUGCGGCUUCGCAUGAUGCUCCUCGACCCCUGGCCUCUUCGUCACCGUCAACCUCCAGUGAAGAUAGUGAGCCUCUCAGAUCGCCCCAAAAACGACUGAAAGUCAGCGAGGGGGCCUUGGUCGGCCUGACCAUUUUUGACGAUGAGAAUGUCGAAUCUGUGGAUCUUACCGGUGAUACACCCGGGUCGAUGAAUAUGGACGUUGGUUACGAAAUCGCGACCCCUCCAGUCAAUCCAGUUCAUUCACGGGUGGCAACCAACUCCGGCCUGGACGACGAGGUUCAUAUUGAAACGCCUCUUUUGAACCAGCUAUCGAUUGUCAAUACGAGGUCGUCAAUAUCUCCUGCACCGGACCUAGGUCCCAACCUGCUCCUUGAGACUCCACCAACGGCCAGGAAAACUGUUCCGGUCCCAAAAAGGAGUGUUUCCGACCAGCCACGCUCCACAGAGUACGCAAAAGAGCUUGAUAGAGUUGCGAGACUCGGCUGGCACGAAAUCCAUGACCAGAUAGGGAUUCUGGCAAAAAGCGUUACCUCUUUGCCUUCAGACGAGCUCGCAAAGUUUUCCAGGUUCUUGUCUGGGUUUUUUGAGUCGAACCAUCGGGGUUUAGUCCAGGAGGCACUGCUGUCAUUCAUAGAUGAAAAUUGGGAGUUACACACCGAUCAGGAUGAGAAGGAGUUUGCUUCGCGUAUGGCAGCGUUGUUUAUCUCUUGGGUGAAUUGUGUCUCACUGAAGGAGAAAGGCCUCGAUCCACAGCAUGCCGAGAACGCGCUCACAGAAAUCGAUCCGGACAGCCCUGAAUUUGCGCAAUUUCACCUCGCACUAAAGGGUCUCGUCCUUUCUUACAAGCCUGGGCAGUUGAAAACGAUCCCGGGCAAAGAAGUUGUUGAUAUCUCCACCGAUACAUCGUCCGAUGUAACUACUCCGUCCGACGCCUUGGACUCGCAGUCCAAAAAGCGGAAGAGACAUGUUGCUGUGAAACAGGAGACCAAAAACACGCAGCGGCGAGCGCAGGCACGGCAGAAAGAACAGAGCAAGGCACGAGAAGCCCUGCUCAAGUCAAGAGAAUUCAUGGGCAUUAGCAACAGUGAUCCAACCAAUCAGGCGGUCACUUUCAAGGAUCCGAUCAUCUAUCUUAACCCGCAUAUUGGAGCACAAGUCAAGCCACAUCAAUUGAAGGGCAUCCAAUUCAUGUGGAGAGAGCUCAUUGAAGAUGAGACCGGCACAGGUUGCUUGCUCGCCCAUACCAUGGGACUGGGCAAAACAAUGCAAGUGAUAUCCCUUCUGAUCACCAUCGCAACUGCUGCGGCAUCAGAGAAUCCCGAAAUUCGCAAUCAGGUUCCCGUUAGACUUCGUCGUUCUCAGACGCUAGUCGUAUGCCCGUCUUCAUUGAUACAUAAUUGGCGUCAAGAAUUUAUGUUAUGGACCUCGACGGACGGCCAUCUCGGUGCAGUGAGGUCUAUCGAUAUCACGAAACAAUACGGAGACUCCAACUCCCGAAUUGAAACGAUACGAGCUUGGGGUGAAGAAGGCGGCGUGCUUAUCAUUAGCUACGAUAUCCUUCGGCAGCUGGUCCAGAACAAAGAAACCAAGGCUAGGGCGAAACCACUUACUGAUGAGGUCCAUGAAGAGAUCAAGGGUUAUUUGAUCAAUACGCCGAACAUCGUCGUGGCUGACGAAGCGCACAAGAUGAAGAAUCCGGGAAGUGGAGUUGCUCAGGCCACUAGCACCUUUAGGACCAAGAGCCGCAUUGCUAUGACCGGUUCUCCUCUUUCCAAUUGCCUCGAGGAAUAUUACUACGCGGUUGACUGGAUUGCACCGGGCUAUUUGGAUGACCCUGCGACAUUCAAGCAUGUCUACAUGGAGCCAAUUGUGACAGGGCUUGACAUCGACAGUACUCGGAGCCAACGAAGAAGGGGUCUGAUGAAACUGAAAGUGCUGAACGGGAUCCUGGCUCCCAAGAUCGACCGCGCCGAUAUUUCCGCGAUCGCGGCGGAUGUUCCUCCCAAGAACGAAUUUCUCGUUGCUGUGGCCUUGACGCCUCUGCAGAAAGAGAUAUACAACACCUACGUGGAUGCUGUGAUGAAAGAUGGUGAGAUGGCAAAUACCCAACUCUGGGAGUGGAUUGGCCUUCUGCAGAUCCUCUGCAACCACCCGUACGCUUUCUGGGAAAAACUCAUGAAUAGAGCCGUCCAAAGUGCAAAGAAGGAAACAAAUCCUGAGCUUGAGGAAGGUUUAAGAGACCCAAAGCUCCCACCCCUGGUAUUAGCCCGGCUAUUUCAGCUUCUCAACUCCGUUCCUGACCUUCAAGACCCAUAUCUGUCUAACCGAGCCCUUUUACUCGACAAAAUCCUUGACGAGGCAUACAGAGCAGGUGACAAGGUCUUGGUCUUCACUCACAGUAUUCCUACCUUGGAUUUUCUGGCGAAACAGAUGGACAAAGCGAAUCGAAGUUAUUGUCGCCUGGACGGACGGACACCAGUCGCCGCACGACAAGAGGCCACGCAGAAAUUUAACCAGAGCGAUAAGCAUCAAAUCUAUUUGAUCUCGACCCGUGCUGGUGGCCUUGGGCUGAACAUAUAUGGGGCAAACCGUGUGGUAAUUUUCGAUUUUGCCUUCACCCCAGUAUGGGAGCAACAAGCCAUCGGACGUGCAUAUCGUCUUGGACAGAAAAAGUGCGUCUUUGUCUACCGCUUCCUUUCAAGUGGAACGUUUGAGGAGGUUGUGUGGAACAGGUCGCGCUUCAAAACCCAACUUGCUACUCGGGUCGUGGACCAGAAAAACAUGGUGCGCGAUUCCUCUAGUAACGCGGCCGUGUACAUGUUCCCAGUGAAGGAAAACCAGCGCCAAGACUUUUCUUCCAUGUUCGGAAAAGACCCAAAUAUUCUGGACAAAAUUAUCACCAGCAGCCUGAGCGAGGCAAUCUUGGAUAUCUCCCUGACUGAUUAUCUGGACGAUGAGAACGACCGUCUCACUGAAGAGGAACGCCAAAGCGUGGCGAACGAACUAGAAAGGGAACAAAUCAGGCGAAACGACCCAGAUGAGUACAAGAGACGGCAACAGGCAGCAGCCAUAGCGGAGCAACAAAGACAUCAGGCGGCGCUGGCACACGAGAAACUGCAGCGGCAGAAGCAGUAUCUGCAAACUCUUCAGCAGAACCGAGCUCAGACAAUGGCAGUUCUAACUAACCAUUGCGGAGAUGACCCUAGCCAGCAGAUCGUCAGACAAGAUGCUCAGCGACAAUUGGCCAUCAUCGCCUAUCAACAGAAACAACUCAUGGAGCGUGGCCUGAUGCUGACGAUGCCGCAGGCACUACAGAUAAUGCAGACGGCUCAGCCCAUGCAACAACAUCUGCCAUCCGCUCACUCUCCUGUUGUUCUUUCCAGUGGACACAGCGUUGGCCCACCUCCCCUGGGUCCAGAUCAAGCAGUGGGUGGCCCGAUCUCGCCGUCUGAAUUCCUUGGUCACCAUUCGCCGUCUCCGCUGCGGCCCGAUGCAAGUCUGAUUUCUCAAAAUCCAUCCCAAGUGUACCCUGGGCUCGAAUCACCCGCCACAAUGGCACAGACAGUAUCCCGGCCCGCUUCUCAGAAUCCCUACCAGCUGCAAGCCGGCGCCCACCCUCUGCCCCCGCGGCCUGCAGGCGUCAGCCAGAUCCGACAGGGCCCACCGCCCGCCUUGGCUAAGAAUCCAAAUCCCACCCAGUCCGAACAGCGACCCUUCGCCCGUCAUGGGAGUGACGCAUCGGUUCAAUCGGCACCGAUGGAGAUGAGUGACGAGGAAGGUCAGACCACUAAAUGA